AUGUGGUACCUGGGAUUCCGCAGCCUUGAGCGCAUGAAUAAGGGCUUGCCUUGUCCCUACUUCUUAAAAAGGGUGAUUGCAUAUUGGGCCAUGACGCUGCCGGCGAAAUUCCGCAACUCGGUCCUGGAGUCACAGGACUUUCUGUUGGUGAUCGACGACGUGGCAUUCUGCGGCAUGUAUCCAUACCACGGAACGAUUCAGCGCUACAAAGUGCACUCCGCCCGUUAUGUGCACAAACUUCCCGACACCAUCUCAUUCCGGAACGCUGCUUCCAUCGAGCCUCUCUCGGUCGCCCUUCACGCCCUGAGAACCACACCCAUUGACGUUGGCACCCCGGUCGCGGUUUUCGGGGCUGGGCCGAUCGGUCUGCUGGUCAUGGCUGUAGCUCGUGCCUCCGGAGCGCAUCCGGUUGUCAUCACCGAUGUCGACGCUUCGAGGCUUGAAUUCGCAAAGGAGUUCGAGCCGCACUGCCGGACUUACCUUGUCAACGCGCAGGGCACCGCGCAGGGCAACGCCGUGGGGAUACGGUCGUUGUUCGCCGGCAGCAAUGGGCUGCCAACGGAGCAUGACAUGCCCGCUCUCGUGCUCGAGUGUACCGGGAUCGAGUCCUCCAUCGCAACGGCUGCGUACAUAGUGCGCCGGGGUGGAAGAAUCAACAUUGUCGGGGUCUCAUCCAGGCCGCUGAUCAACAACAUUCCGUUCAUGCACCUCUCACUUGCUGAGAUUCAGCUGCGGUUCAUCAAACACUACACUGGGACUUGGCCAGCGGCCAUACAGGCCCUCGAAGGGGCGCUGAUCGACCCGGAGAAGUUGACACAACUGGUGAGUCAUGAGUUCUGUCUGGAGGAGGCAAUCAAGGCGAUGGAGCUUGUGUCUGGCUCCGCGGGCUCGAGGGAGCGUGUUGUGAAGGUACAAAUAACAGAUUACCAAGGAGUGGACGAAUCCAUGAAGGUAAAGCUCUAG